AUGGCGGGCGCCGGGGGCGAGGCCCGGUUCGCCGGCCUGUCGCUGGUGCAGCUGAACGAGCUGCUGGAGGACGAGGGGCAGCUGGCGGCCAUGGUGCAGAGGAUGGAGGAGACACAGCACGUCCAGCUCAGCAAAGAGAUGACGCUCGCCAGCAACCGGAGCCUGGCGGAGGGGAACCUCGUGUACCAGCCCCGGCUGGACGCCCUGAAAGCAUGCCUGACCCAGAAGUACCAGCAGCUGCAGGUGCUCUUCGAAGCCUAUCAGAUGAAGAAGACCAGAUUAGACAGGCAGCCCGGCAGCGCCUCCCUGGAGACCCUGUUGGCGCUUCUGCAAGCAGGAGGAGCCCAGAUCGAGGAGGACACCGAGAACAUGGCAGAGAAGUUUCUCGACGGAGAGCUUCCCCUGGACUCCUUCAUCGACGUCUACCAGGCCCAGCGGAAACUGGCCCACGUUCGGAGAGUGAAGAUCGAGAAGCUCCAGGAGCUGGUGCUGAAGGGGCAGAGACAAGCGCAGGCCCUGCCACUGCCCAGGCUGCCUGAGCCGGCGCCCGCCGCCCCCCUGUCCUUCCCCUGCCCAGAGGCCGGCGGGCCCCCCGCUGUGGCGCCUCGGCGCAUCCCGCCCCCAGUGCCCGCAGGACGCUUCGCCACACCGUUCACUGCUGCCCCGGGCUCGGCACAGGCCUCCCCGUACCCAGGCCCCCCGUGCCCCCCCCCCCCCCCCCGCACGGGCCUCUCCCAGCAAGGAUUCUCCGCGCAGCUCCUGUCACCCUACCCGCCGGCUCUCCCCCAGAGACCCCCGCCCCGGCUGCCGCACCAGCCGGGCUUCAUCCUGCAGUGAGGGCCCUCCGUCCGAGCCCCUCCGCGGGCCUGC